AUGACCUGCAGAGUUCUUAUUCUCGUCUACCGUAAGCCUGGAAUGACCCCAGAAGACUUCAAACGUCACUACGAGACCGUCCACAUUCCACUAGUGCGAGAGAUCGCGGGCCCGACCUUCCCACUUAGUCACGUCCGGCGAUAUAUUCGGCGCACAAAACAACCAGAUGGCACAUACUCCGCUGCCUUACUCAGUGGUGUUCAAGGAGAUUUCGGCUUUGACGCUGUCUCCGAGUUGACGUAUGAAGACGAAGUUGCUUUCCGGGAGAGUUUUGCCGCGAUGAACGCUCCCGAAGCCGCAAAGCGCAUCUCGGAGGAUUGUGCCAUGUUCAUGGACCAGUCUAAGGCGCCAGUUGUGUUACUAGAAGAUUGUGUCGAAACAUGCCGUUAG